AUGUCUCAAAUGGUCAAGCCUAUAAUUCAAAUCCCCCAGUACAUUUUUGCUCCCCGAUUUCGAAGCUUCACAAUGGUAUUUAAAUAG